AUGAUUUAUAGAUUGGCCAUGAUUGAUCCGAAAAUAUUAAGGGACAAAUUUUACUCUUCCGAAAGCUUUGAUGGGGUUGAAAUCCACGGGGCUCAUGGUUACCUAAUAGACCAGUUUAUGAAAGAUCAAGUCAAUGACAGAACUGACGAGUAUGGAGGGUCUCUGGAGAACCGUUGUCGGUUUGCUCUAGAAAUUGUUGAAGCUAUCAGUAAUGAGAUAGGAGCAGAUAAAGUUGGCAUUAGGCUCUCUCCUUUUGCAAAUUACAGUGAAUCAGGAGAUUCAAAUCCUAAAGCCCUGGGUCUUUAUAUGGCUGAAUCAUUGAAUAAAUAUGGUAUUCUCUACUGCCACAUGGUUGAGCCAAGGAUGGUAACUGUUGGAGAAAAAAGCGACAGCCCCCACAGUCUUCUGCCCAUGAGAAAGGCAUUUAAUGGCACUUUCCUUGUCGCAGGGGGCUAUAAUAGGGAAGAUGGUAUCAAAGCUGUGGCUGAAAACCGUGCCGAUCUUGUUGUUUAUGGUCGUUUGUUCUUGGCCAACCCAGAUUUGCCAAAGAGAUUCGAGCUAAAUGCUCCUCUGAACAAGUACGAUAGAGAGACAUUUUACAUACCUGAUCCUGUUAUUGGCUACACUGAUUAUCCAUUUCUUGGAAGCACCAAUUAG